AUGAAGAACAGUUCCGAGAUUUGUAAUCAAAUGACUGUAUGCUAAAGUCAUAGUGAAUAUUAAAAACCAACACUAACUAACUUAGCCCAAAGUGUAUUCAUGAGUUCACCUUUAUAACCAAAUAUUCUCUCUCGAUCUUAACCUAUAACUCCAAACAAUGGAGAUUAAGCUGAUUUAAUACUAGAAAUAGGUUUACCUAAGGUUUUAACAAGAAGAAUGACUAAGUAUUUAAGUAGAUAAAAUUAAUAUAGAAAUGAUUAUUUGACAACAGCCAAUGGGCAUAAAUCAUAGUAAGAAGUCUUUUGCAAUAAUUGCUAAAGAAUAAAUAUGACUAGACUCGAAACUGAAUACGGAUUGGGUGCAAUCUAAGUUACCUGCUUGCUAAUUGUCCUAUUUUGGCCAUUAUGCUGGUUACCUUGUAUCUUAAAAUAAUGUAAAGACAUAAUUCAUUACUGUCCAUUUUGUAACUAAAUUGUUGGAAGAACUCCCUACACGUUCUGUUGA